AUGGCUCGUGUCAUCGGGUCUCGCUUCACAGCUUCUAAAUUUGAUGCUAUGCUGGACGUGGAGGCCCGAAGAUUCCUCUGGCGGGUGCUUCACAAUCCAAAGGACUUUGUCGAUCAUACGAGGACUGCUGCCGGUGCAUUCAUAUUGAAAAUUACAUAUGGCUAUAAUAUUGAGCCCCAUGGAAAGGACCCUCUGGUCGAAUUAGCCGACCUGGCGCUGCAGCAAUUUUCUAACGCCAUCGUUCCUGGGGCUUGGUUAGUUGACCUACUCCCAGCCUUGAGGUAUAUCCCGGAGUGGGUUCCGGGCGCUAGCUUCCAAAGAACUGCUCGGUACUACGCCGAAACAUUAACCAAACUUGUGGAGAACCCAUUUGCGUUCACGAAAUAUCAAAUGACCAAAAAGGGCUACCAGCACUCUUUUGCAUCAUCUCUCCUUGAGCAAGGAGAGAAUGAAGAGGUUGUCAAAUGGACCUCGGUCGCAUUGUAUGGGGCCGGGGCGGAUACGAUUGUAUCUGCUCUAGAAGGCUUUUUUCUUGCUAUGAUGCUCUUUCCAGACGUUCAAAAAAAGGCCCAAACUGAAAUUGACACAUUGACUGGCGAGCGAAGGUUGCCGACGAUAUCAGACCGAAAAGAAUUACCAUAUAUCGAUGCAGUCGUGAAAGAAGCCCUUCGCUGGCACACGGUGGCACCGCUCGGCGUUCCUCAUAAGACCGAUGAAGAUGAUAUGGUGGAUGGUUACUUGAUACCAAAAGGUGCAUUGCUGUUGCCGAAUAUUUGGGCCUACAACCACGAUCCAGCAACCUAUGCCGUUCCUUCCAAAUUCGAACCGGAGCGGUUCCUUGCUUCUGAUGCCGCCGAUUCCGCGCCUGACCCUCACGACGUAAGCUUUGGUUUCGGACGAAGAAUAUGUCCUGGCCGCCUUAUCGCAGAUACAUCUAUAUUUCUCACAAUCGCCCAUACUCUUGCUGUUUUCGACAUAACGAGACCUCCUCAACAGGAAGGCCAUGAAUUCGAGUUGAAUAUCGACUUCACCCCGGGAAUCAUCAGCCACCCGGAGAAAUUUGAGUGCAUAUUUACACCGCGGGGCCCCAGCCAUCGAGAGUUGAUCCUUGAAGUUGAGCGAGAACAUCCAUUUGAGCAUAGCGAUGCAAACACGCUGGCCCAGGCCUUGAUUUACCAACAGGCUAAGCCACAAAGUUGUUAG